UACAAAAGUAUCUGAACAACCAUUAAAAUUAGUGGAUUUGGCUAUUUCAGCCAUACUCCUUGCUGACAGGUGUAUAAAAUCGAGCACACAGCCAUGCAAUCUCUAUACAAAACAUUGGCAAUAGAAUAGCCAUACUGAUGAACUCAGUGACUUUCAACGUGCCACCGUCAUAAGAUUCCACCUUUCCAACAAGUCAGUUAGUCAAAUUUCUGCCCUGCUAAAUCUGCUCCGGUCAACUCUAGGUGCUGUUAUUGUGAAAUGAAAACAUCUAGGAGCAACAAUGACUCAGCCGUGAAGUGGUAGGUCACACAAGCUCACAGAACGGGAAUGCCAAGUGCUGAAGAGUGUAGCUCGUAAAAAUCGUCUGCCCACGGUUGCAAGACUCACUACCGAGUUCCAAACGGCCUCUGGAAGCAACAUCAGCACAAGAAGUGUUCGUGUAAAGCUCGUCACCAUUGGACUCUGGAGCAGUGGAAACGCGUUCUCUGGAGUGACGAAUCACUCUUCAUCAUCUGGUAGUCUGACGCAUGAAUCUGGGUUUGGCGGAUGCCAGGAGAAUGCUACCUGCCCCAAUGCAUAGUGCCAACUGUAAAGUUUGGUGGAAGAGGAAUAAUGGUCUGGGGCUGUUUUCAUGGUUUGGGCUAGGCCCCUUAGUUCCAGUGAAGGUAAAUAUUAUUGAUACAGCAUACAAUGAUAUUCUAGACAAUUAUCUGCUUCCAACUUUGUGGCAACAGUUUGAGGAAGGCCCUUUUCUGUUUCAGAAUGACAAUGCCCCUGUCCACAAAGCGAGGUUGAUACAGAAAUAGUUUGUUGAGAUCGGUGUGGAAGAACUUGACUGGCCUGCACAGAGCCCUGACCUCAAACCCAUCGAACACCUUUGGGAUGAAUUGGAACACCUACUGCAAGCCAGGCCUAAUCUCCUAAUAUCAGUGCCGACCUCACUAAUGCUCUUGUGGCUGAAUGGAAUCAAGUCCCGGCAGCAAUGUUCCAACAUCUAGUGGAAAGCAGCUUCCCAGAAGAGUGGAGGCUGUUAUAUCAGCAAAGGGUGACCAACUCCAUAGUAAUGUCCUUGAGUUUGGAAUGAGAUGUUUGACGAGCAGGUGUUCACAAACUUUUGGUCAUGUAGUGUAUGUAUGACUAAAACCAUAUAUAGACCGUGUAGAAACGUUAAUGGACCUACAGUACCUUCAUAGUUUCUUGACUGUCCAACUCGUUAAUAAUCAUCGAAAUGAAAGAUAGAUAGACAGCCAGGGAGUAUAUCCAAUUCAAAAAAUGAUGGAGAGAACUAUUUUGGGGCCAAUUUUGAUGGCGAUGAAAUAUAACACAUUUUAGUGCGUCGUCGAAGACCGAGUGCGCGAAUGCGGUCCGCGGGGCAAAAUGAGUUUGACACCCUGAGUUAGAAAGACAGAGUUUGUGAGCCUGUGUCCCAGACUCCCAAGACCAGAAAAAGCGUGACUGUGAUGGAGUUUUCUACAAUGAUCAUAUUCAUUUUAACGGAAUCAUAGAUUCCCUGUCAGCUGGGUAUACCUACUGAUUAAAAAACGGGUACAGCAAAUUGGAUAACCUAAUAUCGACAAUAACCAGUAGAUGUCGCUAAUACAUCAUGUCACAGCCAGAAUUACCCAAUUUCAUCCCAGAGCCAGUAUGUUCGCAAUUUCAACUACACACAUUGUCAUUAACUGUAACAUUUAUGUCUUCAAUGUCUAUAAAACGAGGAAUUAAUCAAAAGUCAAUUCAAAUAUCGACCAUGUGUAGGUAAAGUCACAUCACAGUUGUAAAACAUUUAACUCCAAAGGUGGCUGUUUUACAAUGACUAAGGAUGUAUUCAUUAUCUACAAUUAUUCAGGAUACAUUUGAAAUAUUAUGUAUCAUUAACUGUCCAAUAGCCUACAGAAGACCCUUAGUAACAAAACUGCACUUCAGUUUUUAAAUCAAAACUCAUCCUUCUUACAAUUCACGAAUACACAACGUAUUCAUGACAGUCAGAAGCCACUUUGUUUCUGAUUAAUUAGGUAAAAAAUGUUACAUAGAAUAUUCUGUGUAAUUACAUUCUGUUUGUUUUCGCUGAUUUAACCAAAUUUUCCAGUAUAUGCACGCACACAUACAGCGAGCGGUAGAAACAAAGGCGAAACCUGAAAACCACGGAGCCAAUCAGCGACCUGCUAUUUGUUUAGGGCUAUUAAAACUCAAGGCGGUCUUUUCUGUCUUUCCCUCAGUAUGUUCUGAUCUGCCCUCGCCGUUAUGGGAUUAUUAUCACACAUCGACAGGAUCUGAAUGAAUGUGGAAACAUAAAGACUACUUUUGCAAGUUAAGUCGUGGCUUUACAUGUUUAGAUAGCAGUUCCUCUCCAAGCCAUCUGUACAGACAUCGCAAUAACGUGUAAGAGGUUUGGGUACCAUAUGAGAACAGUGGAGCUGAUCGUUCAAGCUGUACUGCGGAGUACACCAAGACCAAGGGACACUUUACAAUGCCAGUACUACCAAGUCAAGAGAUUGCCACCAGAUUCAAGGAGAAAUGGAUGAAGCUUCACCCAGAAGACCAAGACAAUGUGAAUGGUGCAGUGCACCUUGAUGACAGUCUCACCAGCCUCCAAUGGCUCCAGGACUUCACCAUAGUCAGUGUGAGUCUAGAAAGCCUAGCGGGCUCCACUUGCCAGCCGUACCAGCUGCCUCAGCCCAGCCACCUGCACCCUCAGGGCUCCGACUCCCCCUCCAGUCCACCUGCUGGGGACACUGCAGCCUCCGGCAUGCCUCAGAGUGCAGGCAGCCCCAUCACCUCCAGUGCCUCAGCCAACAGGACUAGUUACUACUCCCUUCACCCGACAGUGACCAACAACCACCACCAGAUCACUGUGCCAGCCAAGUCCCUGGAUGAGGUAGACUACAAGACCAACCACGAGGUGAAGCCUCCCUACUCCUACGCCACACUGAUCUGCAUGGCCUUGCAGGCCGGCAAGAAGAACAAGAUCACACUGUCUGAUAUCUAUAACUGGAUCACAGAGAACUUCUGCUACUACAGACAUGCUGAGACCAGCUGGCAGAACUCUAUCCGUCAUAACCUGUCACUCAACAAGUGCUUCAUGAAGGUUCCCAGGCAGAAGAACGAACCAGGAAAAGGGGGAUUCUGGCAGAUUGACCCUCAGUACGCAGACAUGUUUGUCAAUGGAGUCUUCAAGCGCAGGCGGAUGCCAGACAUCCAUUUCAACACCCAGAGACACAGCAAAACCCAAAGAUCAUCCCGUAACCGAAAAACCCAGGAGUACCACCAGCAUUUCCCCCAGGCCCACUACACAGUGUCCCACAGAGGGGCAGGGGCUGGGAACAGACGCAAACUUAGUGGCACAAAGUGGGAGACAGUCCAUAAGUCACCACUGUUGACACUGGAUCUCGUGGAACCAGAGGCACUGAAGGGUGAACUAGACUGGGCCAUGGUGUUUGACGAUGUUCUGAAUGGGAGCAGCAAUAACUUUGAGGAUCUAGACAUUAACCUAGCUCUGAACUCCCUGGGCUGUAAGGUGGAGCUCUCCCAGCAGGAUCAAGGCCGGGGCUGGCACCUGGAGAAGUGGUGCAGCGGAGGGGCUGACUGGGAACACCAGCAGGCCUGCAGGUACAUGGAGGUGACCACCAUGGGCUGCUACAGCAUGGAGGAGAUCCAGCAGCACCUCAACCUCAGCACCUCAAGGCUGCAGCAGCCGCUCCCUUUGGCGGUACACCCACAGCACUUUGAGGAGCUGACACUGUUCCCUGAUGAGCAGCACAGGCACCCCUGGGAGGAGCUGAAAGAGGAGGUGCAGGCAGUGCCUAUCACCCUGGACCAUAGUCUCAGCUUCUGUGAAGGCUUCUUCACUGAGAUGCAGCCAUGGGGGACAGCAGAGUCUUAUAUGUGACACCCUCACCCAGCACCAGCCCCAAUACUGAACAAGCACUCCAGCAGGAGGCCAGAGGACCUAUAGACUACUGUUUUGCUACAUUAGCAUGAUGGAUUCAUUCAGAGAAACCUCUGAGUCACAUUUACUGUGUUUUUUAAUGUGCAUUUUCUAUUUGCUUUUUGAUUGUUUGCAUCUAUGAAACAAACAUGCUGUUUUUAUUGUAGUAUUGAAUGUCUGUUAUAGAACAAAACAAAUCUAUCCUAAUUAGCAACCACUUCGUUUUACAUGAAGGGUUUCAUUUAAAAAAUCUAUACACUACCGGUCAAAAGUUUUAGAACACCUACUCAUUCAAGGGUUUUUCUUAAUUUUUUACUAUUUUCUACAUUCUAGAAUAAUAGUGAAGACAUCAAAAGUAUGAAAUAACACAUAUGGAAUCAUGUAGUAACCAAAAAAGUGUUAAACAAAUCUAAAUAUAUGUUAUAUUUUAUAUUCUUCAAAUAGCCACCCUCUGUCUUGAUGACAGAUUUGCACACUCUUGGCAUUCUCUCAACCAGCUUCAUGAGGUAGUCAUUUGGAAUGCAUUUCAAUUAACAGGUGUGCCUUUGUAAAAGUUAAUUUGUGGAAUUUCUUUCCUUUUUAAUGCGUUUGAGCCAAUCAGUUGUGUUGUGACAAGGUAGGGGUGGUAAACAGAAGAUAGCUCUAUUUGGUAAAAGACCAAGUCCAUAUUAUGGCAAGAACAGCUCAAAUAAGAAAAGAGAAACGACAGUCCAUCAAAAAUUUAAGACAUGAAGAUCAGUCAAUCUGGAAAAUGUCAAGAACUUUGAAAGUUUCUUCAAGUGCAGUCGCAAAAACCAUCAAGCGCUAUGAUGAAACUGACUCUCAUGAGGACCACCACAGGAAUGGAAGACCCAGAGUUAACUCUGCUGCAGAGGAUGAGUUCAUUAGAGUUACCAGCCUCAGAAAUUGCAGCCCAAAUAAAUGCUUCACAGAGUCCAAGUAACAGACACAUCUCAGCAUCAACUGUUCAGAGGAGACUGUGUGAAUCAGCCUUCAUGCACGAAUUGCUGCAAAUAAACCACUACUAAAGGACACCAAUAAGAAGAAGAGACUUGCUUGGGCCAAGAAACACGAGCAAUGGACAUUAGACGAGUGGCAAUUUGAUAUUUUACACACAUGAAGGAUAAGAAAUAAUUUCUGAUGAAAAAACAAAUGUGACAAAUGUGUGUAUAUAGCGUUUUGGAACUCUUCACAUACUAAUCUAAUCUAAUUUCAUAAUCAGUAUUGUGUGGGCAAUCAGAUCAGACAUAAUGCAAGAGAGAGUUGUGCCGUGACAGUUUGCUGGCUGUCUAGCCGGCUACAUUAUGCUCUGAAAGUCUUCAACUGUAAAACUUUAUGAUGAUUUUUUAUAUUCUUUCCAUUAGUAGAUAUUCUAAAAAGGCUCAGGAUUACCUAACAUUAGUAUAGCCAUGGUUGUAAGGGUAUGUUAUGUAAAGGAUGUUUUAUGUAUGAUUCAGGUAAUACAGUUAAAAUAUGAAAAUACUGAAUAACUUUUUUGCAUAGAUGGUCAUUUCUUUGGCAGUAAGUUAAUCUAAACGUACAUGUGAUGAAUGGGGUGAUGAGUUAUUGAAUUAUUAAUUAAAAGGCUGUAAAUAAUGCAUGAAUUAAAUAAAUACAGUGGACUUAAAAAUAAA